AUGAUUCCGCUCACGCUCUCGCAAUCUCCGCCGGAGCUGCGGCACGACUCCAUGGACAAACAGGGAUAUCUCACCGACGACAGCCUCCAGCUGAGCGCGGCGCCGACUGCCGAAAGCGCGCGCACGUUUGCCUCGCAUCACGAAGACGUGGCCGAGGAUCAGCGGCUCACAAGAUGGAAGACGAGGCAAAUCCUCUACAGGAUCGACCGUCACGUCAUGCCCAUCAUCUGCCUGCUGUACCUGCUCUCGUGCAUCGACCGCGCGAAUCUGGGCAACGCGAGGCACGACGGGCUGAUGGAGGACUUGCACAUGACGGGCAAGCACGACUACAAUGUUGCGCUCUCCGUUUUCUUUCCGUUUUACCUGAUUGUGCAGAUCCCGUCAAAUCUGGUCCUACGGCGCGUACGGCCGUCCAUAUGGAUACCUACGCUCAUGGUCCUCUUUUCGAUAGUCACAAUCUGCAUUGCCUUUAUCAAGAGCUAUGCGAGCCUUCUCGUCAUGCGAUGUCUCCUGGGCGUCGCCGAGGGUGGCAUCUUUCCCGGCGUCGUAUACUACCUCACUAGGUGGUAUACGCGGUACGAGUAUGGGUUCCGCAUCGCCAUCUUUUACUCGUGCGCCGUCGCAGGAAGCUCGUUUAACCGCUUCAUCGGCGACGCCAUACUCGAGUUUCACGGCGUCGCCGGCCUCAACAGCUGGUCGUGGAUCUUUAUCCUCGAGGGCCUCGUCUCGCUGGUCGUCGCCGGGGCCUCGUACUGGCUGCUGCACGACUAUCCCGACAGCAGCAAGUUCCUCAAGCCGUCGGAGAAAAAGAUUGUCACGCACCGCCUCAUCGAGGACAUGUGCCACCUCUCCGACGAUUUCAAGUUCAUCCACGUAAAGAGCGCGCUUCUCGACUGGCACAUCUGGGUGCACAUGGUCAUGACGGUCGGCAUAUCCAUCCCACUUUACUCCAUCGGCGCGUUUAUGCCGUACAUUAUCGACGACAUGGGCUUUCGCGACGACAACGCGAUUCUCAUGGCGAUGCCGCCGCACGCGGCUGCCUGUCUGGUGAUUCUCGCGGCGGGAUGGGCGGCCGACAGGCAGCGACAGCGCGGCGUCUACAUUGUUGGCUUCUGCGUCGUGGCCAUGGUCGGCUUCGCGAUCCUCGGCGCCGUCGACGACCCAGUCGUCCAGUACUUUGCCUGCUUCCUCGUAUGCAUGGGCAUCUACCCCGUGGUUCCGCAGGACAUUGCGUGGAACGCCAACAACAUUGGCGGGUCGACCAAACUUGCCGUCGGCAUCGCCAUGCACAUUGGUUUCGGCAAUCUUGGAGGCGCAGUCGCCGGCUUCGUUGUCCGGCAUGACGAUGCUGAGCGGUUCGUGUCUGGGCACGGCGUCAUGCUGCUCAUCACGGGCGGCGCUUGCCUGCUGGCCGUCUUCAUGUCGUGGGCCGUUCGCAAGGAGAAUGCGCGACGUGAUAGUGUGUACAAGAGCCCGGAGGCGUAUUCAGUGCUGGAGAGGAGGCGGCACGCCGACUUGGGUGACCGCGCGCCCUUUUUCCGGUACACCAUCUGA